AAGGGUUCCCAAAUCCUUACCAUAAUCAUUGUCUUUCCUACUUUGGCUCUUUUGAUCGUGGGAUUUAGAUUGUACACACGGUGUGUGGUAGUGCGCAAUCCAUCGUACGAGGACUUGGCCAUUGUAUUAGCAUUGAUCUUUAGUAUUGCUACAUCAAUAUGUCAAGGCUACCAGGUCAAGUAUGGCAUGGGCAGGCACAUCCAAGCUUUAACUUUGGAGGAUGGUAUCAAAUCCUUAAAGGCCCUCUUCGCCAGCAUAAUGAUGUACAACUUUGGCUUGACGUUUACCAAAGCCUCGAUCGUACUACAGUACAUGCGCAUCUCCAUCGAUCAAAACGUACGCAACGCCUGCUGGGUAGCGAUGGGUGUCGUUGUUGCCUUGUGUGUUGAGGCCUUCUUCGCCAACGUAUUCGCUUGCUCUCCGGUACCUAAGUUCUGGGAUGAUCGCAUCCCAGGCAGGUGCAUCAACAAGACAGCUAUGUAUUAUGCCAACGCUGCCAUCAGUGUUGUCACAGACGUUGCGCUUGUCAUACUUCCUAUCUUUAUAAUAAGGAAGCUGCAGCUGCGCAGACGGGAGAAGUACACGCUGGCGUUCAUCCUUGGGUUGGGAGGCUUUGCCAGUAUAGCCUCUCUCCUACGCAUUCACACCCUACAGAAGCUCGAAACCACCACGGACAUCUCGUGGGACAAUCCAGGCACAGCGACAUGGUCCGUUAUCGAGAUGAACCUAGGCAUCAUCUGCGCAUCAUUACCUACUCUUCGCGCAUUCGUCAUCCAGCAUUUCCCACGGGUGUUCCGAUCG